GUUCUGCAGGAACAGGAAAAUCCUUCAUCAUCCACCAAUUCAAAUUGUUCCUUGAACGUUCCAAAAGAAAAUACAUUCUGUUAGCACCAACAGGAGUAGCUGCUCAAAACGUAGGCGGAAAAACUAUACACUCUGAACUAAAGAUAACUUCCUCCAACAACACAUCCUCAGGUUAUAAAACACUAAUCUUCUCCGAAAAAAGCACUCAAACCAAACUAAAAGAAAUAGACACAAUCAUUAUCGAAGAAAUAUCAAUGGUAUCCUCAACACUCUUUACUUUCCUGUCUGAAAUCUUCGCCAGACUUCAUGAAACUCA